AGUGAAAGAUGGCGGCGCAGGAAUUUCCUACGCCGCUGCACGGGCACGCGGGUCGGGGCGCUUUCGGCGACGUGUACGAGCCCGCGGAAGACACGUUCCUGCUGCUGGACGCGCUCCAGGCGGCAGCAGCCGAUUUGGCUGGAGUGGAAAUUUGCCUUGAAGUUGGGUCAGGGUCUGGUGUGGUAUCUGCAUUUCUAGCCUCUAUGAUAGGACCUCAGGCUUUGUACAUGUGCACUGAUAUCAACCCUGAUGCAGCAGUUUGCACCCUGGAAACAGGACGCUGUAAUAAUGUCCAGAUUCAACCAGUAAUUACAGAUUUGGUUAAAGGCUUAUUACCAAGACUGAAGGAAAAAGUUGAUCUUCUGGUGUUCAAUCCCCCCUACGUUGUGACUCCACCUGAAGAGGUGGGAAGUCAUGGAAUAGCAGCAGCUUGGGCUGGUGGCAGAAAUGGCCGAGAAGUUAUGGACAGAUUCUUUCCACUAGCAUCAGACCUCCUUUCCCCAAGAGGAUUAUUCUAUUUAGUUACCAUAAAAGAAAACAAUCCAGAAGACAUUUUGAAAACAUUGAAGACAAAAGGCCUGCAAGGGACCACUGUACUUACCAGACAGGCAGGCCAAGAAAACCUUUCCAUCCUCAAAUUCACCAAGUCCUGAUAUAUCAAGAGCUACCAGAAGUAUGCUGAGAGAUACUGUGAACUGAAUGUAUUUUGAAACUGAAGUCAUUCCUUGGUUAAGAAAUCUUAUCAGAAAUUUGUCAUUAAAAAAAAAAAAAAAAAGAGGUGGAAAGAUAGGGCAUUCUCUUUUACCAGGGAAUCAACUUUACAGAAGUAUUUAUACAUGUGCAGUUAAGUAUGUAUAUUUGUAAUUUGCAUUUUAUAUGUAAAGGUUAUAUUUAAUUACAUGUAAAUGUAUAUUCAUUUCAGCAUUGGUUCUACUAGCAAAACAGUGGAAUCAACCUAAAUGUCCAUCAGGAAGGUGAUUGGUUAAAAUAAAUUACAGUCUAUCUAUUUCACUGAACAUGCAACCAUGUAACAUGACUCAUGUCUAUAUAUACUAAACAGAAGAUGUCCAUGUUGUCCUAUUAGAAUGAGAAGAGCAAGCCAUAGAACAGCUUUAUCCUACCUGUAUAUGAAGAAACCACUUCUAUUUUGGGUUGGUAUUUGCAUUUUCACAAUAAUAAUGUUGGUUAAAAUUAUGAUAAACCAUAGCCAUUUCCCAAAGGGUUGCAGCUGGUGUAGCAGAUGUGGUUUUAUUGCUGGAGCAAAUUAACACAUUACUUGGUACCUGCUACACAAUGUUGAUCUGGAAAAUGCCUUAUUCACCAUACCUAUCCAUAAAAGCCCACCAGAGGUAGUUUGCUUUCAGCCAACAGGGCCAGCUAUACACCUUCACUGUCCUACCUUGGGUAUUAUCUACUCUCCAGCCUUAUGUCAUAAUUUAGUUUUCAGGGAUAUCAAUCACCUUCCCUAUCCACAAGAUACUAUACUAAUUGCAUUGAUGACAUGAUACUGACUGAACCAAGUGAUCAAGAAAUAGUAAAUGCAAUAGACUUACCAGUAAAAUAAGGUAGGAAAUCUAAAUACACUUCAGGGACCUUCCACCUCAGUGAAAUUAAUAGGAUCCAAUGGUUUGGGGCAUUUUAAAACAUCCCUUUUAAUGUGAGGGAUAAAUUGUUGCAUUAAAUGUGCCUACAACCAAUAAAGAGAUAUAACAUUUAGUGGAUCUUAUUGUUAUUUGGAGGCAACAAAUGCUUAUUUGGGUGUGUUACUCCAGCUCAUUUACCAAGUGACCAAAAAGUUAUCAGUUUUGAGUUGGGACCAGAAUAAGAAAAGGCUUUGUAAUUUGUUCAGGCUGCAUACAAGCUGCUCUGCCAGUUAGGCCUUGUGAUCUAGCAGAUCUAGUGGUGGAGUGUCAUUGUCAGAUAGGAAUGCUGUACAAAGCCUUUGGCAGGCCCCUACAGGUGAGUUCCAGUUUCAGGCCUGUAAGACUGAAACCGGUAAUUUUGUAGCAAGACUGGUCAUGCCAUAAAUAACUUGUUUUAAGAGAGAGCUCUUGGCCUGCUACUGGGAACUGAGCUGCCCACCAAACCGAGGCAUGUACAGCAACACUCCAUCAUCAAAUGGAAGUGACAUACCCAUGAUUAGACUGAGUAGAUCCUGAAGGCUGAAGAAAGUUACAUGAAGAUGUAUUCAAAUGGCCCAUUUUCCUCACUCCUGCCUUCUCUCUCCCUACCUGCUCCUAUGGGCAACUCCCUGUGAUUUGCUGACAGAGGAAACUACUAGGGCCUGGCUUACAGAUGGUUCUGCAGGCACUACCCCAAAUUGGUCAGCUGGAGAACUAUAACCUCUCUCUACAACAUCCCUGAAAAACAUCUGGUGAAGGGCUAUCCUUCCAGUGAAGCUUGGAGUAAUGCACCAGGCUGUUGGCUUUGCUUGGAAGAGGAAAUGGCCACAUAUACAAUUAUAUUUCAUAGCUGUGACCCUUAGUUUGGCUGGAGGGUCCAGAAUUGGAAAGGGCCAUGAUUAGAAAUUGGUGGCAAAGAUAUCUGGGGAAGAGGUAUGUGAAUACAUCUCUUAAUAGGCAAAAGACAUGAAAAUAUUUGUGUCCCAUGUAAAUGCUCACAAAAGCAGAGGAAGACUAAUGAUAAAGUGAAUAGAAUACCCAUUCUGUGGCUAGCUUUUGUCCUCUUUUCCAAGGCCCUGAUUUCACCCGCUGUGAUCGUGAACAAGUGGCUGUGAUGCAGGGAUUGAAGUUAAGCAUGAGUUCAGCAACACGGACUUCCACUCACCAAGGCUGACCUGUCUGUCCAAGACUACUUCUGAGCAAAAAUUCAACACUGAGCCUCCUAUAAGGCACCAUUCCCUGUGGUGAUCAGACAGCUUUCUGGUGGUAGAUUGAUUACACUGAUUCACUUCCAUCAUGAAAAGGACAGCAUUUUUUCUUUACUGGAAAAAAAUGAUACUCUGGAUAUGGAUUUGCCUUCCCUGCAUGCUAUUCAUCCUUGGACUUACAAAAUGCCUCAUGUACCACCAUGGUAUUCCAGAUUUGUGAAAACUAUGCAUUCUCAUCAGUAAAUCUAAACUUAAAAUGUC